AGACUGACCACCAACGUCGCUUGCUCUUGUUUAGAACGUUGCGUUUGCGCCUGCGAUAGACGUGGUCACCGUUAGGUUGUUCCUUUGACGCUUGGCGUAUUCCGUCCCCAUCUAUAUAAAACAAUAAAUAAGGAAAGGAAGCUUUGGAUGAGAGACGUGGGCGCAUCAUGGAAAGCCAAAUAUUCGAAAAUAAUAAAGCCAGGGUGGGAGUUAGCAUGAGCUCCGCGGAUGAAGCGACGAAUCAGGACCAGGCCGACAUGGCUCGUCUUGGAAAAGACCAGCAAUUCAAGAGAAACUUCCGGUUUUUGUCGACGCUUGGGUUUACGUGCACGCUUAUGGCGACAUGGGAGUCCAUUCUUUUGACUUCGACUCUCGGGCUGAGUAAUGGUGGCCUGGCGGGAUCUGUGUACAUUUAUAUCGGGUCCUUUAUCGGAUUUUUCACGUCUGUAGCAUCUAUGGCUGAAAUGGCCUCGAUUUCUCCUACAUCUGGCGGCCAAUACCAUUGGGCCAGUGAGUUUGGUGGAAGAUCAUAUCAAAAGUUUCUCAGUUAUGCGACUGGCUGGCUCUCGGUCUUGGGAUGGCAGGCUGCCUUCGCCAGCGUAUGCUUCCUCUGCGGAACACUCAUGCAGAGCCUGAUACAGUUGAACCAACCCGGAUAUGCUGCAGAGAGAUGGCACGGUACGCUCUUUACUGCUGCUAUUGCUCUUGCAACCACGUUCAUCAACACGCACAUGGCGAGUCAUCUCCCCAGUUUGGAAGGAUUGAUUCUUAUUCUCCACGUAUUCGGUUUUUUUGCGACAAUGAUACCAUUGUGGGUGAUGGCGGAACGAACACCGACGAAAGACGUUUUUACUCAAUUCACAAAUACAGCUGGAUGGCCUACUUUAGGGUUGGCCUGCCUUGUCGGUCAAAUAAGCCCCAUCUUCUCAUUUCUUGGCCCCGAUGCCGCUACCCAUAUUGCUGAGGAAAUCAAAGAUGCUUCAAAGGUUGUACCAUGGUGCAUGAUUUCCACUGCCCUUAUAAAUGGCUCCCUUGGCUUCAUCAUGCUUAUCACCUACCUCUUCACCAUGGGAGAUCUGCACGAGGUCAUUAAAGCCGAAUCCGGAUUUUCGUUCAUUACCGCCUUCUUGAACGCGACAGGUUCCAAGGCCGCAACCACCAGCCUAGGCAGCCUCCUGGUCGUUAUGGAGGCAUGCGCCGCCAUCAGUGUUUUAGCUACAGUGUCACGACAAACCUUUGCGUUUGCCCGUGAUAACGCGCUUCCGUUCUCUCAAUUCUUCGCCCGUGUGCACCCAAAAUCCAAGGUCCCCGUUAACUCCAUUCUAGCCUCAACGGUUAUAACGAUUCUACUUUCGCUCAUCAAUAUCGGCUCAACGGAAGCAUUUAACGCGAUCGCCUCCCUCACAAUCGCGUCGCUUUUCAUGUCGUACCUCGUCUGUAUCGGUUGCUUUAUCUACCGCAGAUUGCAGUGGAAGGAGAUACCGCCAGCACGCUUCAGCCUAGGCGCCUGCGGACUUCCCGUGAAUAUUAUCUCAUUCUUGUACCUUAGCUUCGCGAUUGUGUUCACAUUCUUCCCGAACAAUAACUAUCCCACGGCCGUCAGUAUGAAUUGGUCAGUUCUCGUGUUUGGGGUUGUCGUGAUUUUCGCCGGGCUUCAAUAUUUGAUUCAUGGACGGAAAGUCUACGAUGGUCCUGUUGCGUAUGUGGAUAAAAUAGAGUGACACCGAGUAGUUCUUUUUCUAACCCGUUUACCAAUUUUUUCAUCAACUUCUCUGGAAAAGCCUUAUCUACAUCUAUAAGAGUACAGCUAU